GCAGUCGUAAGAAGGAGAAGGCGACGAAAUGGAGUCCUCCAACGAGUCCAAGGUGAACACUGGCCAAUCUGGCCUCCGAGGUACGCGCCAUUUCGAUGAGACAACGAUAACGACGGCCCGUGACAGAGGCAGGCCGUGUAAAAGUUGUUGCAGCAAAAUCAGAUGCACCUGCUCACCGGCGCCUCGCCCCGAAGCCGGGUCCAACGUGGGGCCGGCAAGGUCAAUGGCCGUGGUCCCUUCCAAAGAGCACUACGGCACUGGCGCUUCGCUACACGCGGUCUCGUCGACGUCGCUGCCGGACACCUCGCUCGACCACAGCCGGCGCAUGUCCCGUACCUCGAUGCACGAAGAACUGGGCCUCUUCCGCUGGAGCUCGCGGCUCAAGGAGGCCCUGCGGCUGCCGCUGAACAUACGCCUCGAGCUCGUGUCACCCUUCGGCCCGUUGGCCACCGAGAAGGACGACGGCGGCGCCCAAAAUGGCGCCAUUGAAGAUCACGCCUCUGCUCAGGCCUCGGCCCCUGUCACCUCGGCCCAGCUCACCUCGGCCCAGAUCGUCUCGGCCCAGAUGAACAGUUUCUGGAGCAUGUUGGCAACGCACUCGCGUCAAUUGAUGCCUAAAGGAUGGCGGCAUCAGUUGACCGCGUCCGAUCUGGCAUGCGCCGUGGCCACCAUCCUGUCGGCGGCCAUCGUGAUCCUGACCUCGCUUGUGCUCUUGUCGCCCGCCGUGCCACCAGAGCGCGCCGAAGUGACCGUGGCCGGCGGCUUCGGUUCUGUCACCGGGUUCGGCUCGCUGGCGGCCGGACGACACGUGUACGCCUUCCUAGGCGUGCCCUUCGCCGAACCCCCGUUGGGCAAGUUCCGCUUCCAGAGAGCCACGCCACGACAGCCAAGCGUGAUGGACGGCCGACGUGCGGGUCCCGCGUGCUACCAAGAAGGCGCCGUAGGCGCCGACGUGUCGGAGGACUGCCUGCACCUGAACAUCUGGACGCCCAAGGCGGACUGUGACACGACGCGGCAGCCCUCGUGCGCGAACCGAACGGUGCUCUUUUUCCUGCAUGGCGGCUUCUUCCAGGCCGGCAGCAACCGGGACUACCCGCUCGACGGAAGUUACCUGUCCGCCUUGGGAGACGUGGUGGUGGUGGUGCCAAACUACAGGCUUGGUGCCCUGGGCUUUUUGUACAACGGCGGCCCCACGGCGCCGGGCAAUGCGGGCCUGCACGACCAACUGCUGGCGCUCGAGUGGACGCGCGCGCACAUCGGGAGCUUCGCCGGAAACGGUUCCGACGUCGUGGCUAUGGGCCAUGGUGCCGGCGCCGGUUCCAUCGGCCUGCACCUGUUUGGCAGCGCAGCGGCCGACAACAGGAACGGCAACAACGCCGACGACCGUCGCGGCCGGCCGCGCCUCACCAGAGCCAUCCUGAUGAGCGGCAGCCCGUUCACCAGGACGCACGACAACACGGUCGACUACCGCGCCAACGUGGAGUGGCUGGAGCAACACGUGCGCUGUGACGACGAGGCUGGCACCGUCAAGUGCUUGCUGGACGUGGAAGCCAAGUCGAUGUACUCCGGCGUGCUGCUGCCGCGCUUCUUCCCAUCGUUCACCGGGCUACUGCCGUACUCGUCCCUCAAGCAGAGGCACCUGGUCCGGCUGACAGGCGUCAACGUUCUGCUCGGCCACAUGGAGGACGAGGUGCCGUACCUGGUGUCGUACUUGCAGAAGAAAGGCGCGGUAGAAGGGCCAGUCCUCGACAGUUUGGUGCCCGGCUUGCUUCAAAACUUGGGCUUCAAUGACAGCAGCUCCCUCGUCAUCGCCCAUUACUACACGAAUGGCUCAGCGGGUAACUCGAGCCACUGGGCGGGCGACCUGCUCGCCGACGUGUUGGUCGUGUGUCCCGUGCUCCACUUCGCCGACUACCUGGGCGCGUCGGGAAACAACAGCGUGCACCGAUACCUGCUGCUCAGGCGACGGCGCCCUUCGACUCCGGAGCCGACCGCGCAGGGGGGCGAGGAUGACUCCCUCGGCACACCAGAGACGACGCCGCCGCCCCGGUUGUACGCCCUCGGGCUGGUCUUUGGCGAUCCGCUGCGCCGGAGCAACAGCGACGUCGAAGAGCAGGCGCUGAGUCGGCGCAUGAUCGCUCUCUGGACGGAUUUCGCCAAAAGAGGGACCGUUCCAGCUGACCUGGGCGAGCACGUCUUCAACUACACCAUAGCAAUUUCGAGUUCACCGAGCACCGAAGGAAGUCCAUUUGAGUUCCGCAAAACCCAGUGUGACUUUCUCAAGGACCACUACCUGUGAACGUUACUUUG